AUGAUUGGAGCUCUUGGCCUGCAGAUAGCCGGGAACAUGAUGCCAAGCAGGCGCAAGCGCCUGCAUGCCCGCAACAUGCGGUACUAUCGCAGCCUGGAAAGUCCCAACACGCCACGUGAGAUCCGGAGAAUGGCAAACAAGGCCAAGGGCUCCUCGACCUCGAGGUCUGUGAUGUACGAAGAUUGGCUGCAGUCUGGGGAAGACUGGCGGCAAAGCAAGCUUAUGUCUCGCCUUAAGAACCGGUCUGCCACUGCAAAGAAAGGCUGCAGGAAGUGGCUCUUCUACGACGAGAUGGUUCAACGAUUCGGUGAAAAGCUAGCCACUAUUUUGAAGGAAACCAAGGAGGCUGAUGAAGAAAAAGCCGCAAACGAAAUCCGGAAGUGGCCGGAGUGUGAGGACUACCUCCAGUACAAGUGCCUCGUGGAUGCAAGCGAGGACGAUGUGGAUGAAGAGGAGUUUGAGGUGAUCAUGGAUGCCUCCCUGAGCGACUCCAGUGAGUCGUCUGACUCAGGGGCCAAGGCAAAGAAGAAGAAGAAGUCAAAGAAGAGCAAAAAAUCCAAGAAGAACAAGAAAAGCUCCAGCCCCAGCCCCAAUAAGAAGAAGCCCAAGGGAAAAGCAAAGGCAAAGGCGAAAGGAAAGGCCAAGGCAGAGAAGCUGAAGGAAGCGCGCAGCAAGCUCCAGGGCGCAGUGGAUCGGGAUGCAGAGGCGGCAAGCGUAGCUAUAGCCUUGGAUUAA